AUGUCCAGCUUUUUGCGCAGCAAGCAGGCCGGCAUACAGAAUGAUUUGUCCGCGAGCAUCCGCCCAGAGUUGUUCAUGCCGGAUGAACAGGCUCGCUACGGCAUAAACAGCCAGAUUGGAUGCCUCGGAUAUGAUCCUGUGCAGUCACUUCUCGCCAUCGGCACCAAGGAGAGCAGGUUCGGCCCUGGCAAGAUAUACGUCUUUGGCCAACGGCGAGUCCAAAAGAUCCUGCAGCCUCCUCGUGCGACCUCUUUCCAUUCUGUGCAGUUCAGUGCCAACAGACUGGUGAGCCUGGACAGCAAGAAUGAACUCGGGGUCUGGGACUUGGACACGGGCGCUCGAGUCGCCGCCCAAGUCAUUGCUGGCACUGCCGUCGCCUUGAUCACCGAUCCCAUGCUGGACUGGGCCUUUAUUGGCUUGCAAAACGGCGAUAUUCUGGCAUAUGACCUUGACAGAAGAACCAUGACUAGAUCUUUCAGACUCCCCAACUUUUGGCACCAAAAGGACCCUGCUGCUGCGAGGGCGGCCACCCUGGUAUGCCUGUCAAUGCAUCCUCGAGAUGUGGGCAAAUUGAUGAUCGGAUACUCCCACGGCGCCGUCAUCUAUUCAUUCAAACAAAACAAACCCAUCAACUUUCUAGAGUACACGCUCCCUGCUGGUGCUCCAGGCGGAAAUGGCGUGGGAGUAGACACCAUGCGCCGGCCUCGACUGACACACGCGGUUUGGCACCCUUCUGGCACAUUCGUCGCUACAGCACAUGAGGACGGUAGCUUGGUCCUGUGGGAUUACAGAGAACAAAGAGUCAUCACAGCCAGAAAUCUAAAGGACACGGGCGUUGAGAAGCCCGUGCCCAAUUCGACUGCUCCGUCCUCGUCUGGGCGAUAUACCAAGAUUGCGUGGUGCUGCAAGGAAAACUGUGAUGAUACUGGACUGCUCAUUGCUGGUGGCGAAUCUCCUGAUACUUCGCCUAGGAACUUCACAUUUAUUGAACUAGGUAUAACGCCCAUGUAUGCAACGUCAUCAUGGCAGGUCCUCGCGGAUUACUUUAAAGGGAAGCGGCAAAUUUCUAUAUCACUACCACCCGGUGCACAGGCAGUGGACUUUCUCCUCAUUCCUCGUUCAUCUCCUCAUUUCGCUGGAGCUCAGGACCCCAUCGCAAUUAUGGCUCUUGUGUCAUCUGGAGAGCUCAUCACUAUGAGCUUCCCAUCAGGAUAUCAAAUCAGCCCAACGAACCAACUCCACCCGUCCACCUUCUUCGUCCACCCUUUCGUAACAAAGGUCAAUGUGUCAAGCUUGGAGCGUCCGCGAUGGUUGACUAUGGAGGAGAAACGAGACCAAGGUGAACUGUUGGUUACGGGCGGUGCCAAGGGACCAAGACCGAAGAAGCGGUUUGAGGAGAGAACAAUUAUUCAAGCGGCACACGGGGAUAGCACUAUCCAUAUUUGGGACUCUGGUCAUGCGGAUGAAAUUGAGAACGACCGUCAACUGCAGAUUGAUGUCGCUCGCUCUUUAGACCGGUACGAUGAUAUCGACAUUACCGCAAUGAACAUGUCUAGUGCCACAGGCGAAUUUGCAGUUGGCACACGUACAGGCGAGGCUAUUGUCUACAGAUGGGGAGGGAAUCGGUUCUACGGACGUGACAACCCAAAGCAACUCGACCCUAAUCCAAAGGGGCUUACCGAUAUCAGUUCUCGCGCCGAGCCCACUUUGAAGGAGGGACUUCAGCCGUCCAUUCUGUACGAAAUGAUGCAAGGGCCAAUUACCGCUAUUCAAGUAUCCAAUGUAGGAUUUGUGGCUGUCGGGUCGGAAUUAGGCUUCUUGACACUCAUAGAUCUCCGCGGCCCUCAGAUCUUUUAUCAGGCGCCUAUGACAGAUUUUGCCAAGCGAGAGAAGAGAAGCUCUUUCUUCAAACGCGACCAUCAUCACCAGGCAAGAGACGAGCCGCAGAAAGAAUGGCCUGUCGUCAUUGAGUUUGGAGUCAUGACGUUGGACGAGGAUAAAUAUUCAAGUAUCUGCUGCUUCGUCGGAACCAAUUUGGGCAAGGUGAUUACGUUCAAGUUACUUCCCGCCGCCGGCGGUGCCUACACGGCUCAACUAGCUGGUGUCGUGGCCUUUGAUGGACCCAUAGUUUCAUUAUCCCCUAUAAAUGCCCAGACAGGCAAACCAGCUUUGGCAAGUGCUGCUACUGUUGGCUCCUUGAGGGAGGGCAAGCGAGUGGAUGGUGCUCUGGUAGCCGUAACACAAAAGGAGGUCAGGGUGUUCAGACCUGCUAAUUCAAAAGGCGCAUCCCGAGACUUUGAUGAUGUUGUUUGUCAUGCGGCUUCUGUUGCGGAACUCGAGCUCCAAGGCUUCGCCGUUGUGGCCUUCUUUGACGACCAAACGGCACGUGCAUACUCUAUUCCAGGACUAAAGGACCUCGGCCAGGCACAGCUCUCCAUGAUUGACCCAACCAAGCCAGCGUUUGUAGCACAAACGGGCGAUGUAUUUGGCUGGACAGGCCCCAGCGAAAUGACCGUGAUCCAUGUCUGGGGCACUGGAAAGCCACUCCAGCAAUCACCAGAUACCUUGAUCAACCCGGAGCUGCAAUGCCCUCCACGGCCAACAAUUUCCAACAUGCAAUGGAUCUCUGGCACGCAGUAUGUUUCGCCCUUGGACCUGGACCUUCUUGUGGGCGGGCCAGACAGACCACCAAGCAAGAGAAUGCAGGACGCGGCGGCGGCGGAACGACGUGCUGGCGCAGGUGGACUUGCAAGCCAAGAGAGCUGGGGGGCGUAUCUGACCCGUCAGGUGAAUGAGCGGACAGAAAGGUUGGGUGUUGUGAAUGAAGGCAUGGACUCGCUGCAGCAGCAGAGUCAGGGGUGGGCAGAUGAUGUUACCAAGUUUGUGAAUCAACAAAAGCGGAAUUUGGUCAUGGGCAGCAUUAAGAGUAAAUUCUUUUGA